AUUUGAUAUCAAAGUCACCAUCUACGUCGUACACCUGACUGUUACGGCACUCGCAACUUCUCCCUCUCUGGGCUUAAAGGACGCUCCAUCUCUGAUAAAUAAACACUGCCGCUCAUUGUCUGUGCAGAUAUCGCAUUCCUCCGCUAAGCAUCAUGACACACAAGCGAUCGUCUCCUGCCACGAUUCCGAGCCACGCCCUCGCGCGCCCUCGCUCGUACAAUUUAGUCAAAUCGGUGUCACGCGCGAUGGGUUUCUCCGGUGCCUCAGCACCGCUGUUCAGAUUGUUAUCGAAAUGUUGCAGGACGUAUUCUGGGCGGUAUUUAGACGAAACAGUGACAUUCCGUGACCAGGAUCCGGCGAAAUGGGUCCUGUUCUUCGACAAGGUUGUUAGUACCUGUCCAUUUGUGAAACAAUACGAGGGAGCAUGGCCGGUGGAUUUCUUCAUGCGAAAUCACCUCGAGCGCACAAAAUACAAGUAUACGUUGAAGAUCAAGGCAUCAGAGGCUUCUCCAAUAGACCUCACCCUGGAUGAGUUCUUUGGAGAGCCCGAUAUAAGUGGUGCAUCGAGCGAUGCGGCAGGCCGUCCGUUGACUCAGGCAAGCUCUCAGAGCAGGCCCCGGGAGACAAAGCGAAUUGCCAUCCCGCAGGAAGAGUUUGACGCAAUAAGUGUUUCUACUAGAUUCUCAUCGGCCACAGAUUCCGAGAGAGAGAGUUCGCCUUGUGAGAUCGCGACGUCAUCGCAGUUGCAGUGCGCCACCCGAUCGUCGCCGUCAGUGAAGCUUGAGGAGGCAGGCGAGGUGGCAGCCUUCUUGAGCUCGCUGUAUCCGAGCAUGGAGGCUCUCACUGCGAAGUUCCUUGAGGCAGGUAUUGUGGACCUGAUGUGCCUCCGCGGCCUGGCUACUCUCUCCGAUAGGGACGCCCUUCUCAAGGACGACAUAGGCCUUCAGGCCUUCCAAUUCCGCAUCGUACGGGCUGGUCUCGAGUUACUGAAGGAGAAUUGAGCGGGAGUGUAAGACAUAGCCGCGUAGCUACCGAUCCUGUGGU